AUUAUGUUGAAGCUUUGUCGAUAACAAGUUAUAGCGGUUUUACAUCAUCACAUGAGGAUAGUGUUAGGAAAAAACAAGUUGUUGUAAACUGUGGCAUAUCAUGUCUGGGAUUUUACGACGCUUAGCAUGUGUGUUUCUAAUUAUCAAAUUUAUUUGUGUAACAGGUAAUAUUAUAUUAGAACCCAACCCAUGGAUACAAGGUUAUUCCGCAAAUUUAACAUGUGAAACUUCUCAGUUUGCUACAAUUACCAAAGAUAGUAUAGAGAUAACUACUUGUUUUGUAUCUACAGACUGUAGUAUUUCUCCUGAUCCUUCUACAGACUACAACUUAUACUAUAAUGUUAUUGCAACUAGUAACAAUGUCACUAUUAAUGUAGCUAAUGUUUCUAAGGUCAGGGAUGGUGGAGACUGGGAAUGUCAAACAUCGGCGGGCAAGUUCACUAUAACCACAAAUGUGACAGAACCUACAACGCCAACACCCAUGAGCACUACACCACCUGAUCCUACUACUAUCCCAAUAGAAAAUACGACUGUGACACAAUCAUCCAUUAGUCAAACAUCCACCAGCGGUGCCACUACCAGCUCUGAUUCAUCUUCAUCCACUCCGUUAUCUUCAUCUUCUUUACCAUCUACAUCCCAGCAGGUUACCACGAAUGGCGCUAGCACAACCUCCAAUACACCACCACCCGAAGACUUAUCGGAUGAGAUGUUGGCUGUUAUUAUCGCUUCUAGUGUUGUCGGUUUUAUUUUGUUGGUUGUCAUUAUUUUUUUCAUCGUAUUUUGUGUUGUGAUUCGGAAACGGAAAAGGAAUCCCCAAAAGGUACAACACCCUGGGGAUCAUAGUUAUUCCAAUAAGGGAUACAACUAUAAUCGAAGGCCUGACAUGCAUUCUUCAGAGAGUAAUCAGCAGAGCAGGCAUACUCCUCGUCAAAUGAACAUUGCUGACUUUCAAAGGCAAGAUCAUUUACAUGGUCCUGCUCUAACUGGGAGUCCACAUGGGCACUAUCCGGUCUAUCAGUUACAUAACUAUCCAUCUAAAUCGGAGUAUAAACAGUCUUCACGAAACAAGUCAUCUGCGACUAAACACAAUGCAUCAUCACGACGCGAUCCACGUUCUGACAAGUAUCGAGAUCCAAAUAAAAACUACAAUUAUGUUGACAGAAAUAGUGAUUUGAACCAGGAGUAUUAUAUCCGACCUUAUGCUGGUGGUUAUCCGUUGAGAUCCGGGGAUUAUCGUUAUUAUAGAUAGAGCACACUAUGACCGCUCGAACUGUUAAUGUGUUUGUGUGGCUAUAUUUCAUUAAACAUACACGACUUUCUUGUUCGAAUUCCAGAACCGUGUGCGAUAUACCAGCUUCCAUACAUAGUUAUAUAUUCUAACGCUUCCUAAUUAUUUACAUGAAUAUGAAAUAAUUCUUUAAUGACAUUUUGUGUCGCAACACGGUACGUUUUCACAAAGCAUUGUGAUUCCCCGAUAUUUUCACAAAGAUAUACAACCAUGUAUUACGAUUCAUCAACUUCAACUUUAUUAUUAUCAGCUUCAUAUUCCUCCCAGCGGGGUUCCCGAAUGGCAAUACCCCCCCCCCCGGAAGGCUUAUCGGCUGUUAUUAUCGCUUGUAGUGAUGUGGUAUUGAUUUGGUGGUUUUCAUUUUUUUCAUCAUAUAUUGUAUAGUAGUUCUGAAACGGACAUGACAAUCUCAAAGGUCACUACAUUCGAAUGUUGACCACAUAGAGGAUAUAAUUGCCAUUGUCCACCCAAGCCGCAUCUGUUUAGGUGGAUAUAAUUAUCAUGAAAAACUCCCAAGUUUAACAGAGCCCACCUAACACAAUACGGACACUAUCUGGACUAUUAUCCAUCUACUGUUAUGUAUCAAAAGUCGUCAAGAAGUAAAAACAUUAGCGCCAUGGUAGAUUUUAGAGACAGAACUUGAAGCUUCCAUUAUGACUAAUUCUCUCUUUGGUGAAGUUAGUAAUGUUAUAAAAUAAAAUUUGUUGUGGAGAAAACUCUAAUAAUUAGUAAUAAUUUCCUAAUAUAGUUGACUUACUAGAACUCUAGAGACGUGGUAAUCGAUAGUGCCACCAUCCCUUUGACAUAUAAUAAUAUGAAUUAAAGUCACAAUCACAUUGCAUUUGAAAUAAUUACAUAAUCUUUUCCCUGCAGUUUUAUUUUUAUUUAAACUUCAAGAACUAUAUAUCACUUUUCACUUUAUGUGACAUUUCUUUAAAUUAUGUUAAACCAUAUUCACAAAAAGGUUUCAUGGUAUUAUUUUCGCCAUCAAGUCUCGCAUAUUAUGUAACGUAUCUUUAAAUUACGUUAAACCUUAAUCUCAAAAAGGUUCCAUGGUAUGAUUGUCGCCAUUACAGUGUUCCGUUACCUCUUUCUUUCGAUGAACAAUCCGGUACUUCUUAUAUACAAUUUUAUGGGAGUAGGACAAUUGCCGGCGGGACAACUGGCGAUGAUAUUUGUUUUUCUGUAUUUAUCUCCUUUUUGUUAAAACCAAUUCUUAAUAAUUAAAUGUUCUUUAUAAUUAUCACACAGGUUUAGUUUAUUAGCACUCACUAAUAGUAAGUGCAGGAGGACCGCACUACACACAAGACAAAAAUCUACAAGAUAAACCUGCAGACAGGUCAGAAUAUAGACAUGGCAAAAAAUAAACAAAUGGCUCUGAGGGCCAGCCGUAAGCGUCCACUGUGCUGUACAGUCCGGGCCUGUAACAAUACAGGCUUCACUCAAAAUGAAAAAAAAUGAUUUAAGUGACUGACUAUGUAUUAUAGCACUCACUGACACAAAGUUAUCACGGGUGAAUAUAUGUGCAGUACCACAUAAAUAUAGUCCAACACAUGGCGACUGCUGAACUUACGGACAAUGUACACGCUCUGCAGUCUCUGUACUGUUAAUUUAUGUUUUGAUAAUGAUUACAUAUAUAUAUUGUGCACAUCCAUCAAUUAAUAAACUAUACUAAAACGAUUAAUAGUUAUGUUUUUAUAAUGACUACAUAUAUACAUCUUCUUAAGUAUAGUUUAUAACUGUUGCUUCAUGUAUCAUUUAAUAAACUAUACUAAAAAGAACAAAUAAAAUCACUGGCAAUAAAAUCAACAGUUAUAAACUAUAAUAAAAAAAUUAAUAAUAUAUAAUAAAAUGGCCGGCAGUAGUUGUCCUCGUCGGCAGUUUUAUAUAAAAGCUAAUUAAGAUGCAUUGAUUUUUAGAAGCAUUUAGUGACCCUAUUAUAAUAACAAGUCAUAUUAUUUUAAAGGGUAUCUGUUUUAAAUUGUAUUAAUCAAGUAGAAGUGUCCUUGACUUAUUAAACAUGUGGUGUCAAUGUUAUUUUAUUCCAUUCAAACCUCAUCUAAAACUGGAACUUUUGAGAUUUAUUUUCCUUUGUUAUUUUAUUACUAUUUACAAAUUAUAUAUGGCUAGAUAUUAAUUUGAAUAAAUUAUCAUAUUAACAUUA